AGGUUUUAUAAAAAACCAACAGGCUUUGACCUGUUCUAAGUAUCUGUGAUCUGGACUAGGACUGAAGUUUCUCUGGUUUACUGUAAGGACGUUGCACCAGGGGGGAUUUGGAGAAAGACACCGCCGUGAUGGCAGAAACUCGCGAAAGGUCCAAGCCCAAAAGUGCAAGUGUCUGUGGCUACCCAAUAAGCAUCUUCUUCAUUGUGGUCAAUGAGUUCUGCGAGCGCUUCUCCUACUAUGGCAUGCGAGCUGUACUGGUGCUGUACUUCAAGUACUUUCUGAGGUGGGACGAUGACUUUGCCACCACUAUCUACCACACCUUUGUGGCCCUUUGCUACCUGACCCCGAUCUUUGGAGCCAUCAUAGCAGACUCAUGGCUGGGCAAGUUCAAGACUAUUGUUUACCUGUCCAUUGUUUAUGCUGCUGGCCAGGUCAUCAUGGCUGUUAGUGCCAUUCAUGACAUCACAGACGCCAACAAGGACGGCAUCCCGGACAACAUGACCUUUCACGUUGCUCUGUCCAUGGUGGGUUUGCUUCUUAUUGCCCUGGGCACGGGGGGCAUCAAACCCUGUGUGGCUGCCUUUGGUGGAGACCAGUUUCAAGAUCAUCAGGAAAAACAGAGGAGCACCUUCUUCUCCAUCUUUUACCUGUCUAUCAAUGCUGGCAGCCUGCUGUCCACAGUCAUCACACCUAUACUCAGAGCUCAGCAAUGUGGGAUUCACACUAAGCAGCAGUGUUACCCACUGGCCUUUGGUGUCCCUGCGGCUCUCAUGGUGGUUGCCCUGAUUGUAUUCAUCCUUGGAAGCGGGAUGUACAUUAAAGUUGCCCCUCAAGGCAACGUCCUGGUUAAAGUCUGCAAAUGUAUCGGGUUUGCUAUCAAGAACCGCUUCAGGCAUCGACAUUCACAGUAUCCAAAAAGACAGCACUGGAUGGACUGGGCUGAAGAGAAAUAUGAUAAACUCCUGAUUGCUCAGGUAAAGAUGGUGGUGAAGGUUCUGUUCCUCUACCUCCCUCUGCCCAUGUUCUGGGCUCUCUUUGACCAACAGGGCUCCAGAUGGACGCUGCAGGCCACCAACAUGAACGGAGACUUUGGAAUCCUUGUCAUCUUCCCAGACCAGAUGCAGACGGUGAACCCCAUCCUGAUCCUGGUGUUGGUGCCCAUCAUGGACAGCUUGAUUUACCCUCUGAUCGCCAAGUGCAAACUAAACUUUACUCCCUUAAAGAGGAUGACAGUUGGCAUGUUCCUCGCGGCCAUGGCAUUCGUGGCAGCUGCUCUGGUCCAGAUACAGAUUGAUAGAACUCUGCCAAAGUUCCCUUCAAACACCGUGGGCCAGGCCAAGUUUAUCAACAUGUUAAACAGAUCACUAUCUGCCACAGCAGGAACCAAUUUACUCAGCUUAGAGCCCUACACGGCCAAUGAGGAAUAUCUGACCUUUAGAGAUUCUUUUGUUUUGGACCUGGGAACUGACACACACAUAAUUACUCUAAAGGACGGCACUCGAAACACCAUCUCCAUCAGUGAGACUGAACCUACGCUGUUCCAGGACCUCACAUCAAAGCCGGAGCAGGGCGCUAAUGCUAUCAGAGUACUAAAUGGAUUUGGUUCAGUCUUGAACCUAACAGUAAACAACCAGGACUAUGGGGAAAUUGUGACCAACGACAUGUCAGACUAUGUCCAAGUUUCACAUGGAAAUAAUGUAAUCCUGAUCAAGAACCCGUUGACGGAGAUGGAGUGUGUUUACAACCAAAAGCUGGGCUUUGGCAGCUCAUACACUCUCAUCAUCCCGUCCACAUUCACCUUCGACCAAAACUGUGCCCAGAGCAUCAACGCAGUGACUGACAUCCAGCCCAACACUGUCCACAUGGCCUGGCAGAUCCCUCAGUAUUUCCUCAUCACUGCAGGGGAGGUGGUCUUCUCUGUCACUGGUCUAGAGUUCGCCUACUCACAGGCUCCCAGUAACAUGAAGUCAGUGCUGCAGGCUGGUUGGCUCCUGACUGUUGCCGUAGGAAACAUCAUCGUGCUAAUUGUUGGGGCAAUUACGCUCCCAGUACAGUGGGCAGAAUACAUCCUCUUUGCCUCCCUGCUGGUGUUGGUCUGCAUCGUUUUCUCUAUUAUGGCCAUGUUUUACACCUACAUUGACCCGGUGAAGAUAGAGGCUCAGUUUUCCCAGAUGGAGCCUGAAGACAAGGACAAGAGGAAGGAUGUCCAGAAAAAGGACUCUGUGAAGAAGUCCCGCAAGGGCAGCAGCAGUGACUCGGACUCUGACCAUGAAGAUUUCAUCUCUUCCAAGAUGUAGCACUACAUGCGCAUUUAACGUCAGAAAGUAUUCAUACAGUCUACAGUCAUCCAGUCAUUAGGUGGCAAGAAUAAAGGCAUGACUGGGGUGAAGUGGUGCUGCUAAAUUAAACUGAAAAAAAGAUUUUAAAAAGGUGAGUUAAGAAGGGAAGACAACUGGAGCAGAUUAUUUUUGGAAAAUGGUAUCAGAUAUUUCAAACAAAACAUAGAAAAUAGCCUAAUUCAAACAAAUUUAAUAAUUUUAGAUUUAAUUUGAUAAUAUAACUUUAAUUUGCCAAGACACACAACAUCAUAACUUAAAUAAGCUGGGAAAAUGUUUGUUACUUGAAGUAAGUUAAAAACAUUGCAAAACAAAGAGACCACAAUGUAGAAAAAAAUCCAGACAGAAAAUGAACAAAAACUAAUAAAAACAUGGAGAGAAAAACAAUGGCUAAGAUUGCCCAGAAAAUCAAAUCAAGUUUAAUCUGCAUCGCAGCCAAACAAACUCUACCUUAUAUUAAGUCAACAGGACUGAAAUAUGUCCAGUGAGGACGACAAAUAAGAACAAGAAUACCUUAAACUGAGCAUCAACGAUGGCAGAAAUAACUCAAAUUCAAAUUCAUAAUAUUUAUUCCUUGACCUCCAGAUUAUUUUAAUGGUAGCCACAAUAGCAGCAGGUUAUUCUCGAAAUAAUUUGAAUUUAGAAAAAAAAAUACUUGUAUACUUUGAUAUAAGUGGUAGUAAAAGACAAUCAUAGCUCUGUUAGCCUGAACUAUCCAGAACAGGGGUGCCCAGCUACCCAAAGCCUAGACCAGUACUGGACCAUGGAUCAUUUGACCCUGGACUGCAAAGUGAAAACACACGUCCACGGUCCAUGGCACAACAAACAUUGGGAACUACUGAUCAAGAGGAAAUGCACUUAUUUACAAAAUGCUAACCUAGUUACCUGUAAUGAGUAACUACAAAUUAGCCAAAAAACUUAUUUAAAAAGUUGCUGAACAAAAAUUGAAUGUUCUAUAUGUUUAAAGCUCUAAUGAAGUCACGCUGUUCAAUUGUUCAGUUUUUUUCCCAAUACACACAACAAGAUACAGUUAACAGGACAUUUGUUUAUGACUUACCCCGCUCCACACACACAUUUUCUAUUUAUUGCAAGCACAGUAAUGUAUGUUUUGUAAUAUUUUACUAUUGUAUUAUGUAAAUGAAUGCUUCACUGCCUGCUGCCUGUAUAGUCCUGUCUAUGGUGUGUUUUGAAGUCACACAUACAUUAAUUUCAAAUAAAUUGUGUCUGUAAAUAAAUCCUGGUGUACAUUUAUUUUUAAUAUCCUGGCAGGUCAGAGGCUGCUAGGAACUUUAAAUUUAACAGAUGAGUGGGUGGGACUUUGUUUAUACUCAAACUAUAAAUCACAUGUAAGAGGCCCUUAGCUGAAAGUAAAAGAUUAUUUAUAUUCAUUUAUAAUAUUGUAAUGCCCACUCAUUAAUUAAUUACAUGUAGUGAUCAAAGUGAAACAGAGAGAUAUACUGUGCCAAACCCCAGCAAAGAUACACUGUGUAAAAUCAUUCAAACUGAAUGGGCCCAUUACCAUUACUUAGUCAAAUGUAAGUCAAUAUUCAAAUAUUUGGAUGAAAAAGCCAACAGUUAAAGAGUGUAAGAAUCAUUUACCCUCAUUUCAGUCCAUUCUUAUUGGAUACAUUAUUGAUUGAUUGAUUGACUGAGACUGAGUGACUGAUCUAACAGAAGCACAGAGAAGUGGGUAGAACUGCUCCUGUUUCACAAAGCAUUUCAUAAAGCAGCAUGGUUGUCAGGUUAUCAGGUAACUCAAAACACUACAUAUUGCAUGCUACUGUGUAUUAUCUAUGUAUUUAUCACAGGGAAAACAUAAGUGAAUUCCUAAAGAUCUCUAUGUCGCUGUAAAGUUGAUAAAAUAUAUAAUUCUAUUACUAAUUAUAUGAUCUAAUAUUUGUAUUUGUAUAGUUAAGUAUCUAUUUAAAUGAGACCAAUCAUUUGUCCCCAGGGGGAUUGUUAAAAUGAAUUAAGUCAUUCAUUGUGAUCUGUACAAGAUGUUUUAUUCUAAUUGUUUAAUCAUUUGUUUAAUUGAAUGUGGCCACAUAAAAAACGUAUCUAUUGUUUAGUUCGUUUAUUUUAUGCCUAAAUUAUGAAAUGAAAUACACAAAUUAGUAAUGAAUCAAACGGACAUCCCAUAGUGCUGGAAGCACAAGCCCAACGUUUACUCGAGCUAAUGCUAAAUGUUCCCUGACUGAGGACUUGACAACAGACUACAAGGAGUUUUCUUCUACAGGUCACUGCACACUGUCACUGAAACUGUCUGACAACA